CGGUCAAUGCAUAGACGUUGCCAUUUCCUGGAUUCCUUGACAGACCGAAACGUUAGCAAGCUAGCUGUCGGAGUGAAUUCGUGUCGACUGUCCAGAGUCCGCGAAUUCAAGUCCGUCCCCAUCCACAAGAGUAAGAGGAGAAGCUGAAACUUCAGUCGUGCAAAGACAUUUAAGCUGACCAACAUGUCGCUUCAUCAGUUUCUUUUGGAGCCCAUCACAUGUCACGCCUGGAAUCGGGACCGAACCCAAAUCGCCAUCAGCCCAAACAAUCAUGAAGUCCACAUAUACAAAAAGGCUGGAAACCAAUGGGUCAAAGCUCACGAAUUAAAAGAGCACAAUGGACACAUCACAGGCAUUGAUUGGGCCCCCAAAAGCGACCGGAUUGUUACUUGUGGUGCUGAUCGCAAUGCAUACGUGUGGAGCCAGAAAGAUGGUGUUUGGAAGCCUACUCUUGUCAUUCUCAGGAUCAACCGUGCUGCCACCUUCGUCAAGUGGUCUCCCCUGGAGAACAAGUUUGCUGUCGGCAGUGGAGCCCGCCUCAUAUCUGUUUGCUACUUUGAGUCUGAAAAUGACUGGUGGGUGAGCAAGCACAUCAAGAAGCCUAUCCGCUCCACUGUCCUCAGCCUCGACUGGCAUCCAAACAAUGUGCUUCUGGCCGCAGGAUCAUGUGACUUUAAGUGCAGGGUGUUCUCAGCCUACAUAAAGGAGGUAGACGAGAAACCUGCACCGACACCGUGGGGGUCCAAGAUGCCCUUUGGGCAGGUGAUGGUGGAGUUUGGGGGCAUGGGCAGUGGAGGGUGGGUCCACAGUGUCUCCUUCUCCGCCAGUGGAAACCGACUGGCCUGGGUGAGCCAUGACAGCACUGUGACAGUGGUGGACCCAACCAAAAGCUCAACACCAAGCCAACUGAAGACAGAAUUCCUUGCACUUCUAAGUGUGAUAUUUGUUUCUGAGAAUAACAUUGUGGCAGCGGGCCACGACUGCUGUCCAAUGCUGUUCAAUUUCGAUGACGGCGGCGCCCUGACCUUUAUUUCCAAGUUGGACAUUCCAAAGCAGAGCAUCCAGCGCAACAUCUCUGCCAUGGAGCGCUUCCGCAACAUGGACAAGAGAGCCACCACGGAGGACCGCAAUAGCACUCUGGAGACCCUGCACCAGAACAGCAUCACCCAAGUGUCUAUAUAUGAAGGAGACAAAAGAGAUUGUCGUAAAUUCUGCACUACAGGAAUCGAUGGCGCAAUGACCAUAUGGGAUUUCAAGACUCUGGAGUCAUCCAUCCAAGGACUGCGGAUCAUGUAAUCAACCUCACUCUGAUCACUAGCAUGACCCCAGCACAAGCAAUAUGGCUUGAACACUAACAAGGAGAUUUGAUAACACGCCUGAAAGUUUUUAACUGAAACACUACAAAAAUGAAGGCAAAAAGAAAUGGAGAGAAAAAAACAAAAACAAAGCAAAGCACUGAUCGGCGGUGUGAACUGACCUGUGAUAUUCACUCACUCCUGUCAAUGGGAAUACACUAAUGGAAAAAGGGUUUAGAGUCUUUGGUUUUUAAAAGUCCGAUGCCAAAGCUGGUGCCCAGCGGUGAUUGCGGCGCUCUGGGACCCCAGAGGAGCAAAAGAGUAGUUAACUUAAAAAGGAGAAUUUUAUGUAAAUGGUCUGCUAGAAAUAAAUGAAGUAUACUACACCACA